AUGGGGCUAUUGAGGAGGAUGGCGGGUUUUUUAGGGUUUGUGAAGGACGAAGCCCACGAAGUAAACGACGAAGACGAUGAAAGACGCGACGCCGAUGUGAAUCAUAUUCCAACCAAUCUUCCUCGCAAAGGCUUCAGUGUUCCUGUCCAAGUCGUCGCCGAGAGAGCUCCGAUUGGCCCAGUUCUCGUCCCUUGCAGUGCCGGCGAUGGUAGUGUUCAGGGUUUGAGAUGGUAUGCAAAGCGUCUGAGGAUAGAUGAAGAUGGAGAUGUUGCGGAUGAGUUCCUUGAUGAGGUCUUUCUCGAUACACCAUUGAAUAUGGAAGAGCAUCAUAGACCAUUGCCAAGGUUUGAAGUGAAGUACAGCACUAGGCCGGCCAAAGUGAUGAACCAGGCAUUAUCUGUUGAUGGUAAAAUCCAACUGUGUGUCGAAUACCAAGACAGAUUGCAGUGGGUGUGA